AUGCCUACGACCAAGUCGAGUUCGAGCACUGGCUCGCGUCGCCGGACAUCCUCCACGCAAGCCUCGGGUGCGACAGCUCGUAACGGUGGCCGGGGAUCGUCCAGCAAGGGUAACAGGGGGAGUAGACGCGACGCGGCAGACGGCGACGGCGUCACAGGGUCCCAGAACGAUGGUCCCUCGGCGAGCGGCAACGGCAGCAAGCGUGCCAAAGAAUCCUCCUCAGACUCGGACUCGUGGGAUAAUCACCCAUUGUUCCUGGCACCUCGCAGGUCGUCUGCCAAGGUGGCCAAGAGGUGCGGUGAAUCGGCCGCGACAACUGCUCGUUCGCACGCUUCUGGCCCACAUGCGCCGACCGACAGCAACAUUGGCGACAAGGAGGAUGCCAGCUGCGACGAAGACGACGAGAAUGCGGAGGAGUCGGAUGCUGUUGAAGAGGCGUCAAAGAAGCACGAGAACGAGAACUACCGCAUGCCCUCCAACGAGAUUGUCGCGCUCGACCGUGGAUGCGAACCGGCCGGCCUGGGCAACUAUUCCGUCUACGUCAACGAAGCCGGACUCGCACACGCACUUUGUCUGGAGCAGGUGAAAGACGUCAAGAAGGCCGGUGGGCCAAUCGUUUUCGUGAUCCAGCUCAUCUACAUUCGCAGCCACCAUGCUGUCUUCACACUCGCCGGCAAAGCUCGGCAAAUGGGGCAUCUGUCUUUCGAGAUGCUGUCCAGCUCGUCGGGCGCAAGCCUUUUUGAGCAGUUUCCUUCCGCCUCGGUCACCGUCCAGAAAUUGAGUUGGCUGAACAUUCGCCGGACAUCACCAAAUAGGCGCAAGAGCAAGGGUGAGAGGAAGAAGAAGGGCCGUACCGCCAACGACAACGAGCCCGACGGGAGCUCGAGCAAGUCAGACGAGAGCUCGAACGAGUCUACCCGAGCCGAGAAUACGCUUGUUGAGCUCCCGUCAUGCGCCGCCAGAAGCAUAGCAAAACGUCAGGCGCCGUGA